AUUUGAUCGGCUCUCUCGCUAGCCACGACCUUCUUAUUGUUCUAUUCCCUAAGCGUGUUCCUGCCAUUCGCUUCCCCCCCUCCAUUCACCCCCCACACAACCACAAGUCCAAUUGCACAAUGCUUCAAUCCAUGCGACUAACACCCCGUCUGGGACUCGGGCUGGCUGUGCGCCAGGUGCGAUGGAACUCGACUGGCCCCGUUCUGCCGCCUCUGAUGGCGACGCUCAGAACGGAUCUCAAGACCGCUAUGCGGGCAAAGGACAAGCCCAGACUGAACGUCCUCCGCGCCCUGAUCUCCGAGACCAACAACGCCGCCAAGACGAACUCCCCCAUCGAGACCGACCUGCAGCUGCUGGGCCUGAUCAAGAAGCGCAUCGCCUUGUCGCAGGACGCCAUCAAAGAGUUCGAGGCCGAGAACCGCCCCGACCUGACGGAGGGCGAACAGCAGCACGUCACCGUGCUGGAAGAGUACGGUGCCCAGGUGCAGACCAUGAGCUUGGAUGAUAUCAAGACCAUUGUCUCCGAGGAGAUUGCCAAGGUCAAGGAGUCCGGCGAGAAGCCCCAGAUGGGAUCUCUGCUCAAGUCUCUAUUCUCCUCUGGGGGUGCCCUGGACGGCAAGCCCGCCGAGAGAGCCGAGGUCGCGAGGAUUGUCAAGGAGGCUGUUGCUUCCGCCUGAACGCCGACACAGAGCGCAUAGAUGUAUAUUACCCACCUGUAUAAUUACGCAUACCCAACUCCACCUAGCUACCAGCUACCAGCUACCAGCCCGAAGACUGGGAUAAAUACGAU